AUGUUUCGUCGUGCAUCGCACAUAUUCAUGCGGCGUACUGCGCGCUGCCUUUCGACCGCAGGUGCCACCGGCCCUGGCAUCUGCUUUGAGCUCUCUGAGCAGCAAAAGGAGGUCCGGGAUCUCGCCCACCGCUUUGCCAAGGAGAAGAUAAUCCCGGUUGCUGCCAAGCUUGACCAGACAAUGGAGUAUCCACACGAUCUCUUCAAGGAGGCGUGGGAGCUUGGACUUAUAAACAUGCAUAUUCCACAGGAAUACGGCGGGUUUGGCGCUUCUUGCCUGGAGGGUGUAAUUGUGCAUGAGGAGCUUUCAUGGGGCUGCUCCGGCAUCUCUACAGCUUUUGAGGCGAACAAUCUUUCCCAGGCACCUGUCAUCAUCGCUGGUAACGACGCCCAAAAGAAGAAAUUUCUUGGACGCAUGUUAGAGGAACCGCUGAAAUCGGCGUAUUGUGUUACGGAACCCGGGGCCGGCUCAGACGUGGCGGCGAUCAAGACUUUUGCAAAGAAGAAGGGUGAUGCGUAUGUGGUUAAUGGGCAAAAAAUGUGGAUAACGAACGGUGGCGUUGCGAACUGGUACUUUUUGCUUGCCAACUCGGAUGAGGGAUUUAUUGGUUUUGUGGUGGAUGCGAACACACCGGGAAUUACACCUGGGAAAAAGGAGAUCAAUAUGGGCCAACGCUGCAGUGACACGCGUGGGAUUGUCUUUGAGGAUGUUGUCAUUCCCGAGGCAAAUGUACUUGGAAAGCCUGGGGAUGGGUUUAAGAUUGCGAUGCGUGCCUUUGACUUUACUCGUCCGCCUGUGGCAAUUGGCGCGGUGGCUGUCGCCCAACGCGCGAUGGAGGAGGCGCGGGACUACGCCAAUCAGCGUAAAGCGAUGGGAAAAUAUGUCUCGGAGCAUCAAUCGAUUGCGUUCAUGUUGGCAGACAUGGCUGCCGGGAUUGAGGCGGCCCGUUUGUUGGCGUAUCGCGCCGCCUGGGAGGUUGACCAGGGCCGCUCCAACACGUACUACGCGUCAUCUGCAAAGCUAUUUGCUGCUGAGCACUGCGAGAGGUGCGUGACGGCUGCUGUGCAGAUAUUUGGGGGAAACGGCUUCAACACGGGUUAUCCCGUGGAGAAAUUGUACCGAGACGCAAAGAUCUUUUCUAUCUACGAGGGAACGAGUCAAAUUCAACGUCUCGUGAUCAGCCGCCAUGUGAUUGGAAGGAGGUGA